GAAAAAUUAGACGACACAGUUAUGCGCUUUCAGGAUCUUCUGCGACUCAACUCCUGUUUUGAUGAGAGCCCUAUGACUGGGAUAUUCAGCUGCACAGUUCAUGAACACAAAUUUAUACGUAAAAAAUUGUGUUCUAUUUACGGUAACAGAAAUUUUUCGCACCGUCAGCGCUCAAAAGAGGCGCGGAGACUGACGUAUAGAAAACCGAAACCAGCAUUGAGUUAGCGCAUAUCUCACGCAUCGUUGAAAUUGAGCUACCUCCUUAACAAAAUUUGAGAAGGCAAAAAAAGUUCUUACGUUAAGAAUCUGCUCUGACAGCAAAUUUGUUCAAUAUUUCCCUGUUCUUUCCGAAUGAAGAGUCCUCUACAUAUCCUGAUUGGAGGUGGAACCAGUUGGAUUGGCUCCAAUUUACGUCAAAGAUUGAUCGAUAAAGGUCAUCAUGUUACAACUGUCGACAGGCGUAGUCUGGGAAGAAGUGAUAGCAUAAAUUGGAACGAGUUCUUUAAGAAUUCAGCUGGUCAAAAUGCCAUUUCUUUGGCAUCUAAAAACAUGAACAUGCCCGUUGAUGCUGUUGUAUCUCUGUCGGGUGCACCCAUUAUGGAUAAGCCGUGGACCCAAGCGCGGAAAAAUGAAUUGCGAGAUUCUAGAAUUUUAGCAACUGAACAAUUGGUGAAGCACAUAAUGCAUGCGCCCGAAGCUUCAAAGCCGGUAACUUUUGUUGGCGCGUCAGCCACUGGUAUAUUCAAUGGUAUUCAGCAAGACGAAAGCAACAGGUUUGACGAAAACUAUGCUGGUCCUUUUAACCACGAAGAGUUCGUCAGUAAACUUUGCUGUGAUUGGGAAGCUGCAAGUAAACCACUAGAAGAGACGUCUACGAGACGUGUAAUAAUAAGAAUAAGUCCAGUUUUGAGCAAAAUAAGAGGCAUCGUCCCUAAAUUACUUAUUCCAGGGGGAGUGUUUUGCGUAGGACGAAUAGGCUCCGGAGAACAGCGAUUUCCAUGGAUUCACAUCCACGAUCUUGUCGAGUUGUUUAUCAGCGCAAUCGAGAACAAGGGCAUGAGUGGUGUCUUUCACGGGGUGAGCCCUCAAUGCCCAACGCAAGCUGAAUUCUCCAGUCUUUUUGCUAAAAAAUCUGGACGCGUAGCAGUUCCAUUGCCCGGUUUCAUGGCGAAGCUCAUGUUCGGAGAGAGAUCGUCUAUGCUUCUAGAUGGUGCAAACGUGGCCCCAUUACCCAAAACAGACGAGUGCGGAUUCAAAUUCCGGUAUUCAGACUUGGAAACGGCUCUAGAUGACAUCUUUUGUCUUGACUACCCCAAUAAUACGCGUCUUUCCCAAAAAUCACAAUUUAGUCAGAAGCCUGAUCAACAAUCUUGAUAUAUAUACGUAUUUGAGGUUAGAUAAAUUACUAUGAAAACUGAUAACCGGAAAGUAUGUAAAAUUGUGUAAAACAUGACUGUAUACAAAGUUCAAAAAAAACGCUACGUACAAAAUUCAUGCCAACGAAAAAAGGGCCCAGCGUCUUUCUUCGUCGAAUUGGUGACAUUCUAUGAGGUCCAAAGUAUAUAUACCAGAGUAUGUAGAAUAUGUGCUGUACAAUUCUGGACCUACUCAAAUAUGGUUCAUUCAGUUGUCAAGGACGACAACUUUUUAGAGCAUUAUUAUAAUGUAGUACACGCUUCAUAAGUCGCAUUUAAUGUAAGAAGAACGUUCGCAUUAUGUGGGAACAGCAGAGUUUGUUAUGCAGAGGGUGGGCUCGAGAACGUAUACAAAAACAGGUGCAAGGGUUCGCAUUAUUUUUAAAAAAUUUAUUGCAAGCUUUGCUCAGAGCUCAUCGAAACCCUAUGGGUGAAAAAAUGCCCGAGCCGUGGCAUUUGCCAGAGACUGUCGUCCCUGGAAUGAAAAUUGCACCGACAGAAACACAUGUAGCCGGCUACGGCUGCUACGAACAUGAAAAAGAAAUUGUUGCCUCUUUGAGUGGUUUUGUUCGAGUUGCUGAUACCGCGCCGAAAGAUCAGAAUGGCACCGUUUCUAAACCUGUUAUUAACAUAGAGUCUUUUAAUAUGAAACCCAGCAUUGUACCUAAAGAGCACGACCGAGUUCUAGCUCAAGUUAUAAAUAUCAAUCCGAGAGUUGUUAUGGUUUCAAUUGUAUCUGUUAAAGAUCAAAUUCUGUCAGAAUAUUUUUCAGGAUCCAUCCGCGUCUCUGAUGUUUAUGCCACGCAGCCAGACAAAGUUGAGAUGUACAAGUGUUUCCGCCCGGGCGAUGUCAUCCAAGCAGAAAUCAUUUCUCUCGGAGAUUUCAAAUCUUAUUAUCUCUCAACUGCCAAAAAUGAGUACGGAGUUGUGUUCGCCAAAAGCAUGGCGGGCGUGUCUAUGGUUCCAAUAGCCUGGAAUAUGAUGCAAUGUCCAAAGACGAAAAUGAAAGAGUACCGAAAAGUCGCAAAACUGACCUAGCAACUGUUGAGGACACGAAGAACGACUGCUCAUUUAUCACGUAAUUCAUGAUGUUCUUGCGAAUAUCAUCUGUUAUGUGUAACAAAAAAAAAACAACUUUCAAAAUACACAGUCUGCCUUGUAUCAGACACGUGAUCGAAAAGUAGUCUGAACGCAUAGAGUGGGCUAUUUGAACCAGAGAUACCGUUUUGAGAAGUCCCCGUGCCGAUACCCUUCUACAGUUUUCCACAUUAGUACGACACCUUUCGUCCACUGUCUAGUUCAAUCAGGUUGUCACUGUCUCACUUUAUUUUGACAGGACCUUAUUUGCAAGAGGCGUUGGCCAAUACCAUGCGUAAGUGCAAGUUUAUAUAUGAUGCGCGAGGGCAUGCUGCAUCCUGAA